AUGACAUCAUCAUUGGUGCUCAUCCUUGCUCCGUUGGCACUUGUUGCCAUCGGAGAAGCUGCAUUUGGGAAUACAUCAAAGAUAUUUGAGAUACCGGGGCUGGAAGUGAUGGCUUCUGAUAAAUAUCCACAUUUCACAACUAUCGAAACUGUUAGCAGAACGAAAGUACAUCGACACCGACACCGACGCGAGGUCAUUGCCGGUCCAAUUUACGACUGGAAUUCCUAUGAAAUCCCAUUUCAAAUUUGGGGUGGCGACUAUAACUUCCAAAGCUUGAUCCGACGUGGAAUUCGAAUGUGGGAGGAGUCAACAUGCUUGAGGUUCCGGGAAAAUAUGCAGAGCCGUGACGCCAUCCGAUAUGUUUUGGAGAAAGGAGACAGUUGCUUCACUGAAUACAUCGGACGAAAUGGAGGACACCAAGAUAUUAUAAUUGGAUCAGAAUGUGCUGAAGAGUACGUGGUUGCUCAUGAAACUGGACAUGCUCUUGGUUUCUGGCACACUCAUCAGAGACCUGAUCGUGAUCGUCAUAUCUCAAUCAACUGGAAAAAUGUGAUGGAAGAGGCGACAGCUUCAUUCAUGCCGUUCAGAUCAAUGCUUCAAGCAUUCGGUAUUCGACAGGUCUCACCACGAAGAGUUCCAUAUGAUUACGGUAGUUUGAUGCAUUAUCACGCAGUUGCUCAUGCAGUCAAAGUAUCGGAUUUCACGAUUGUACCAAAGGAAUUGAAGUAUGUCACAACAAUGGGAACUGAGAAAAUGGCAUUUUUGGAUGCGAAAGUUAUCAAUGAUAUCUACUGUCCAAAUGCAUGUCAAGGAAGAAACCACUUGAAUUGUCUGGCCGGAGGAUAUCCAGAUCCAAAUAAUUGUAACAUUUGCCGUUGUCCAGAAGGACUCGGAGGAGCUGAUUGUAGCAGACUACAACCAUCUCCUUGUGGAGGAGAAAUCCACGCAUCUGAUCAAUGGCAGACUCUUUCCAGUCCAUCUGGUCGAGAUGUUCACUGUUAUUGGAGAAUUUCUGUUCCUGAUGGUUCUCGUGUUCGUUUCCGUCUGUCUGAUGGAGAAUUCCCAUGUUCGUACGGAUGUCAAUCAUAUGUUGAGAUUAAACAUAAACUGGAUGUACGGCUUACUGGAUUCAGAAGUUGCUGUUAUCGUCCAAAAGAAGAUACAGUAUCCGAGAGUAAUCAAAUCUUUGUAAUUUAUCAUCCGAAUGGAAGAACUGCUCGAUUCUCUCUCCGUUUCCGUCGUCAAGCCUAA